UCUUUCUCUCUCUCUCUCUCUUUUAUAUUUUUCCUUGUAAAGAAAAAGAGAAUUUUUUUUUAAAAAAAAGGACUUGUUUUGUUAUUUCAUGUCCUUAAUAGAGAAUAUGGUUUUACUUGGCUUUCUUAAUCCAGUAAUUAACUAAUCAAUUAAGAAGCGGAUCUUUUUCAUAUAGGAUGUAUUAUAUUGUUUAAUUUUAUGAUUUUAUGUAUGAAGGUUUUAAUGCUCUCUCUUUUCUUUUCUUUUUUGGUUUAAUGGAGGAUUCGGUUUGGGCUCUUUGGUGUGGUGUGCAGCAACAGCUGUGUAGGCCGUUUCAUGCUUUUGCUUUUGUAGCCGAACCCUAAAAAAACACCCAAAGGUGAGAGAGAGAGAGAGAGAGAGAGAAUCCCCCUCUCUCGCUCUAGAACACUGUUGAUCUAGCCUCAGCUUAAUGUAUGUGUGCAGAGGUUUAAAGUGGGGUUUCGUGUGUGUUUCGAGAACCUUUUCCUUUUCCUCAUGGGGUUCAGUUAAAGUAGAAGGGAAAUUCUCCUGUCCCAUAUUUUAAAAUGGUUAGAGAAGGUCUUUAUAGACCAACACCACACUCCAAACUCUUUCCUUUCUUUCCCUUCUCCUUCUCACUCUCUCUCCACCCCCCACCCCUUCUCUCUCUCAUUUCUCUACUGCUCUCAUCCAAAAUUUUCUCUUUUUUUGCAUUCUAAUUUAAUUCACUAAAACUGUCAUACAUACAUAUAUAUAUAUAUAUAUAUACCUAUCAAUAUCAAGCAGGUUUGUUUCUCUUUCUCUUGAUGCUGUAAAGUUUGAUUAAGAUCGAGACGCGACCGAAGCCUAUGAAGAGGAAAUGAACAAGAGUCAGAUAGGUUCAGUAAGCGGUUCGGACCUGAUCGAUGCGAAGCUCGAAGAGCACCGGAUGUGCGAGUCCAAGCACUGCCCUAGCUGCGGUCACAAGCUCGAUCGAAAGCCGGAUUGGUUUGGGUUACCGGCCGGAGUAAAGUUCGAUCCGACGGAUCAAGAAUUGAUCGAACACCUCGAAGCGAAGGUUAAAUUGGAAGAAUCAAAAUCUCACCCUUUAAUAGAUGAGUUCAUACCCACAAUCGAAGGAGAAGAUGGUAUCUGCUACACCCACCCUGAGAAACUACCAGGUGUAACAAAAGAUGGCCUCAGCAGGCACUUCUUCCACCGGCCGUCGAAAGCCUACACCACGGGCACGCGUAAGCGGAGGAAGAUCCAAGCCGACUGCGAGCCCCAGAAGGGCGAGACGCGGUGGCACAAGACGGGGAAGACGCGGCCCGUGAUGGUGAACGGGAAACAGAAGGGGUGUAAGAAGAUUCUGGUCCUGUAUACGAACUUCGGGAAGCAUCGGAAGCCGGAGAAAACCAACUGGGUCAUGCACCAGUAUCAUCUCGGAGAGCACGAGGAGGAGAAAGAGGGGGAGUUGGUUGUUUCCAAGGUGUUCUAUCAAACUCAGCCUAGGCAGUGUAGCUACUCGGAUAAGAACAUCGGAGCGUCGGAGAGUUGCUCGUCGAAGGAGGUGGUAAGGGAUGAGAUUUCUGGGUACAGUCAUAUUGAUAUGCAGCAGCCCAUGAAGCAUGAUAGUUUCAGCCUUGCAUCCUUUAGAAGAAGCUUUGAUGAGGGUGUGGAACAGGUGGGCAUGGGAGAGGUGCCAUCCAAGGCUAGGGAGGAGCAUGAAGAGCAUGAGCACUUCCACAGGCCAGCUCAGCAGCACCAUGUGAACCAGGAGCACCGACACGGCCGCCAGGUGGCACCGACUGCUGCGUUCCACGUCAGCAGGCCGACGAGCGCCAUCUCCGCCAUCGUCUCCCCUCCGCUCCAACAACAGACUUCUGUUGUUCUUGAUGACCCUUACCAUGUCUCCAGGAUUAUUCUCCAACAAACCGAUAAGUUUCAGCAGCAGCAGCAGCAGCAGAAGCUUGAACACAGAUCUACUUCUGGACUUGAAGAAGUUGUAAUGGGUUGCACUUCGGCAGGCAUAAAAGGAGAAACAUCAAUUCCUCACUCCCAAGAGACGUGGCGCUACUCAUACUGGUCACCUGACCACCCAGAUCAUCAUGGGUAAUAACAAAGGGUUUGAAACCAAGGGAAAAGAAAAAAGAAAAAAAGAAAAAAAAAAACACUAACACCCACACUAUCAUUAUUCCCAUCAUCAGUACAUAGACUUACGAAUGGAAGUGUUCCCAAGGAAGAUAGGAAGGAGGAAAAAAAGAGAACAAAAAAAAAAAAGUAAGUUUUGGGGAGAAAACAAAAGGUCUCUUCUUCUCUUCUCUUCACCCAAUGUGUUUGGAUAUUCAACCCAGCAGCUGGAACUAACUGCAUGCACACUAAUCCAAGACCAAACAAAGAGACAAAGUUGUUGGUAGAAAGAAAAAGAGAGAAAGAAGAAAGAGAGAGAGAGAGAGAGAGAGAGAGAGAGAGAGAGAGAGAGAGAGGCCAAGGAAAAAGGAAAGGUGCUGCUGUUGCUGACAUCAGAAGGGAAGGAAAUUAAAAAAAUGCCUAGAGGAAUUAUUACCACAUCAUCCACAUCACCACUUUAGGGUACCAUUAUAUAUGUUAAUUAUAACUAAAUGUCAUUUAUAUAUGUACCAUAUUAUUCUUUACUUCAUUGGUUAUAUGUAUAUGUCUACAUGCUAAACAAACUAGAAUGUGAGGAAGAAGUGGAUAGCAGGUUGCAUGCCCAAUGAUGAGGGUUCCUUAAUUGUGAAUGUUCUUGCUCUUGAAUCUUGAUGUUUUUCUUAUUCAUUUGUAAGUUUUUUGAAGGCUUGGAGUGCUGAAUAAUAAAUGUUGUUGUUUAGUUAAAA